AUUUGGAAUUCCCGAAAGUAAACAAUCAAAGGACGGUGGUGAAUGUAAAUCUGCGCCUAAUUUAGACAGUGUUUACAGUAAAUAUGCAAACAGACCACCAAAUUGGCAUAUAGCAAACACAAAUCGAAAACAAAGCUCGAUGGAGUUGGGCUGGAAAAACAAAAGGCGAAGGACACACGUGUAAAUCAAGGACUCUUGAACCUGAAGUCGAUUGUUGUUGCCGAGUGUUACUUCUGUUGGCAGUUGGCAAACAUAAAUAAUCAAAUAUUUCGGAAAACGACAAAAAUGAUUGGCAAAAUUUCGUUUGGCAAGAGGGUGGAAUGAUAUCCACCAUUUCCUCUAACAAAUAGAUAAUCUUAUCGCCCUCGGACUCGUUUCCUUCUUAUUAAAUUAAUUGAAAGGCAAAUAGCGGAGUCUUGGAUUAGGCCACAAUCAAGUUGGCCGUGCGCUUAUCAUUUGCACUCGGCCACCAGCGGGAAAUACCUGUUGUCUGUUGCUGCAGUUGCUGCUGCUGCCGAGUGUCGCAUGUUGCUGCCCGCCAGCAACAUGUUGCUCGUAGGUAAAGACUUCGGCUUUUGGCGCUUGGCAUUCGUGCUUGAAUCGACAAACUGCUAUUCGCUGGCCGAUUGGCGCCGCUUCUUCUGGCGUUUAGUACGCUUCUGUCUUUCGCCCGGCCAACAACACGGCGCGCUUGAACCGCCUCCGCUCCGCUCCACUCCGAUCCAGUCCGCUCCGCUCGAUCCAAACCGCUCGUCAGCCGCCAGCCGCCAGUCGCCCGCUGCAGUUGUCAUUCGAAAGCGCCGCUCGCUCGGCGUUUCCAGCGGCUGCCCAAACAAACCAGUUACAAGCACUUAGCUGCACUUGCGAAAACAAUUGCCUUGUAAACAUCAAUAGAAAAAGGAAAUAACGCGACAAAAUGCAUCAAUUGUGGAAUAGAAACUUCAGUUGGAUUCUGCUGAUUCUCUCAGCCAUGCUCCUGUUCUCGUUGGGAAAUUCGAAGGAAUGCGACCAGGAGGAGUUCACCAAGUGCGCCGAACCACUUGAUAUGCUGCAUUUAACGUCGAACUUCUCGAUUGGCCCGGCCAGAAAGGAGGACCUGGACAAACUUUGUCAUGAGCUUCGCAAGGGAGUGAGGUGCAUCCAAAGUUACACCCGACGUUGCAUGGAUCUGCAGCACAGGAACCACUUCAACAAACUCUACCACGGAACGAAUCAGUUCAUCAGGGAUCUGUGCAACGAUGGCGAGUUCCAGGAGGAGUUCCUCAAGUAUGCUUACUGCUCGGGAAUGGCCAAGAAAGAGUUGGAGGUGUGCAACAAUCACUACAAGGAAACCAUGGUGUUCCUGAAGUCGAGCCAAAAUCAGGAGAACUCUGAGAAUGGUACCCUCAAUGAGAACAUUAAGACCAUUUGCUGCUCCAUGAAUGAGUUCGCGGAUUGCUCGGAAACUGCUGCGCGAAAAAUUUGCGGCUAUGAAGCGUCGAAGUUCACACGCAAAUUGUACGACAAAAAUUUCCACAGCUUGACACAGAUAUACUGCGGGAACUUCACUCGAAAUCCGGGAAUCUGUCGAGAUGGCGAGGGCAACAGUUCGAAUCGCGUGGAUCGCAGCAGUUUUGGCCUUCUAUUAACAGGGACAUUGCUCGCCCUUUUGGUCAGCAGAGUGAACAGAUAGAUGGCAGAACCGCAGCUAAGUGCAAAUAUCUAGAACCAGUCUUACCAAACACGGAAUUAUGCGCUGCAAAGGAGGAGAAGAGACGGAAAAAUAGUUAAGGUUUCCCCCAAUCACACCGAAAGAAUUCCACACGCUGUUGCAUACAUUUGGCAGUCAAUUUAGGCCACGAAAAUCCCCAAGAUGAUCGAUAAAGGAGUAAGCUAUAAAGUAAAGUACGUGUUAAGUAUGUUAUGUAUACCAGUAUGCAUAAAGUUAUUAUAGGGGAUCGGAGAGCAGAGUCAGACAUAGCUAAGAUCGUAUAUAUAUACGGAUAUGUAUGUUACUAUAUAUAAUGGAUAUAGGCUAGAUAGUUAGAAUCAGUGUUGAGUGUGGCAGGCAGGUUAGUUGUUGUUGGCCUUACUUUCCAAUCGUCGUGCAAUACUAGAGUUUCGUUGAGUUUGUUGAAGUUGUCCAGGCUUUAAGUGUAGGCAUAUUUUAGAAAAUACCCCUAAGUUUCACACUCGUUGUUAGCUGAAGUUAGAAAAGGCGCCCCCCACCAAACUCUUGUUUUUUUUUUUUCUGUAUCACUAGGCAAUUCCAAAAGUAUUCUAAACUGGAUGUUUGUAGGUGUUUCUAUUCGAUAAUGAUGCGUAGAAUAGAUAUAUGAGAUUCAAAGCCAGUCAAUAUCUAUCAGAAUCGCCUACUUGCAACCCAGUGAAUAUGCUAAAGUCAAUUUCAGUUUCAAUCACAGAAAAAAUAACACCUUUAAGCGCACAAGAAAUACUCCCCCGUGGAUUUGCUCACAUAUCGGCAAUAACUUUACACAAAACGAAAGUGCAUUUCUAUGAAUGAGGAUUUUAUAAAUUAUUUAUAAACUUAUUUAGUGGAUAGCGUAUAUUUAUUUCAAACACUGUAAAUACCUUUAAAAAAUAUUCUAAUUCGGAAAUAUGCAUAAAAAUAAAUAUUAGUUUAACUUAAAUCACACACACACACCUACUUACAAAAAACUGUGAAUAUAUAUUAUGAUUAAAGAGUAACAUUUAUUUUAAGUAAAACACACACAUGCAUAUGCAAGGAAAAAACAAUAAAAAAACAAGAAAAUAAAUUAACGCUAAAAAAGUGUGAGAAAAGCGGUGAAAUAAAAGAGAAAAAGAAGAAGAAGGGAGGGAAUAAAAGUUAAGGCCGAAACUUGGAUUACCUUUCAAUUUGCUGAAUAAAAGUUUUUUUUUAGAGUGAGUGGAUAUAAUUUAAUUUUAAAACCAGGUUUUGUGAUCUUCAAAAUUCAAAACGUAGACCUCUAAAAAAAGUAUUCAUUAUUUCUUUAUAUUAAACCCUAUAAUUUAAAUCUUUAUUUUUGAAGGUUGACCUUAUUAAAACCAUACAAAUUAUUACAUUGAUUUGUUUGUAACGUUAACUAUUAAACAAGUUUUCCUUAUCCUUAACCUUACAACUAUUUUAUAUUGUUAUUAUUUAUUGAUAGAACCUUUUUGAUUUAUCAAAUGUGAUUAAAUAGAUA